CAUUGUUACCUAUGGAAGCUUCAGUGUCGCGUUGCCAUGACUACUUUGAACCGGCUCGUCCACGAACGACACAUCACUAGUCAGAGAGGAAGCGACUCCCACACAGUGAGAGAGGCUAAAGAGUGUGCAGCAAAACAAACUGAAAUUAAACUGUAUUCGAGUCAAACGGCUUCACCUGAUGCUCUGACACGACGCGUCGGAGACCUUCACGAACCUUCUUUUAAAGGAUGGCCACCCCAAGCAAGACACCACCCGGCGCCGACCCGAAGCAGUUAGAGCGGACUGGGACGGUCCGGGAGAUCGGCUCCCAGGCGGUGUGGUCCCUCUCCUCCUGUAAACCCGGUUUCGGAGUGGAUCAGCUGAGGGACGACAACCUGGAGACCUACUGGCAGUCAGACGGAUCUCAACCGCAUUUAGUCAACAUACAGUUCAGGAGGAGAACGACGGUGAAGAUGUUGUGUAUUUAUGCUGAUUAUAAGUCUGAUGAGAGCUACACACCCAGUAAGAUCUCCGUCAGAGUGGGCAACAACUUCCACAACUUGCAAGAGAUCAGACAGUUGGAAAUGGUCGAGCCAAGCGGUUGGAUUCACAUCUCUCUAAUGAAUCAGAGGACAAACGAGCCCAUCAGCACCUUCAUGAUCCAGAUCGCUGUGCUCGCCAACCACCAGAACGGCAGGGACACACACAUGCGGCAGAUCAAAGUCUACACGCCGGUGGAGGAGAGCUCCAUCGGGAAGUUCCCGCGAUGCACCACGGUCGACUUCAUGAUGUACCGCACCAUCAGGUGAUCUGGACUGACCGCCUGAGCCUUGGCUGUGCGGCUCUGGAAAGUUUUGGACUUCUGAGCGGCUGAGAUUUGGUCCGACGUGACGUGGAGAACUGAUCGAUCUUUGACUGUUUAUCAUCAAGAUUUUGUUAAAUGUAACUUGUUUGUUUAUACAGUACUUAUAUUUUAAAUGAAGCUGCCAAUAUUGAAUAUAACACAUUUAAAGAUGCUGAAUAUCAACUCUGAAAACGACGACAGAGAACACUUCAUGUUGUGGUUUGAAUCUGGAGCCAGACGAGUUCACUAAGAAGCCAAAACGUCAACCUUCUGGGUCAGAAACUCACAAAACCCAAACUUCUGUGCCUACAGACCGUCUCCUUUUGUUACUGAACGUUGAAUUAAAUAUCUUUCAAAGCAA